AAUUGGAAUUUUAACAACGAUAUCUAUUAUUUACGGUAAAACCAUUAUUAUUGGAACAUGUGCACCAUUCUUAGCUUGGUCAUCAGCUGGUCAACAGCGGAGGUGGAGCAGCUGGGGGAAGAGACACCAUUAUAUAUCUGAUUAACACCUGCUAUGGGAGGAAGUAGCCAGACUAAGCCUAAAAAACCAACAGACGAAGAAGAGUUUGAGGUUCUUGAUGUUAGAGGAACUGCUAGAAGUGGAAUGUCGUGGCUCCAACAGUUUAUGCAGGAUCUGACCAAGCAGCCUGUCACAAAACAAGUUGCUGUUGGUGGCUUGUCAGGAUGGGUGGUGGGAUAUUUAUCAAUGAAGGUGGGCAAAGUUGCAGCAACAGUUGUAGGUGGUAGCCUCAUCAUUAUGCAACUGGCAGCCCAUAAAGGAUAUAUAAAGGUGGACUGGAAUCGAGUGAAUAGAGAUCUUGAAAAGAAUGCCAAGAAGCUUAAACAGGAAGUGGAGUCUACUGUAAAUGCUAGAGCUGGAGAUGAGAACAUACUGCAAGAAACGACUCGACAAAUGGAUAGAAAGCUUGAAAAACUGGACCGUAAGUUAACCAGGUCAACAAAGGCAGAAUCCUGGUUUAACAAGCUUAAUGAGUUCGACAAGGAAGAUGUACAGGAAACACAUACUUGGGGACAGUAGUAACUUUACUGUAGAUGAACUAUAUAUGCUCAAUAUGUAUAUUUUGGCUUUUUCUGCUGGUACAAUGUUAGGAGUAGGAACUGCUAAAAUAAUCCCAACAUUGCUAAAAAUAAGGUUUGUGUGUACAGAA